AUGGAGGGGCUUGGGGCGAAGGAAAUGGAGGCAUUGGCAGAGCUGCUCUGCCCAGACACUGCAGACUCGGGGGACUUGGAUGGCGCAUCCCCUAUCCCACGGCCACAGGCGUCGAGCGGUAAAUACAGAAGCAAUGCUAAGCCGAACGUCAAAGUAAAAGCAAAGAUUGGGCGGAAGGAAGAGUUGGACAUAUGGAAACUGGACGAGUUAAAUCAAGGUGCCACCUUCAGGCAGCUUAAAGACCACCGCACAGAACCGGAACACGAAACACUAGAGGACCGCGUGGUGGUGGACUCUCCUCUCCACAAGCUGAAUUUGGCUCUUCCGUAUAGUGUAAACCCCGAUGAAGGAACUGCGAAAUGGAUGGCGAGCACGUGCACUCUCCUCCUCCGACUGCCCAUCCGGCGAAAAAUCGAGUAUGUACAGAUCUAG